AGCAAAAUCCACUGACGCCACGACAGUGGUUAUGUCAUUCACCUACAUGCUAACAUGACCUGCGUUGUUGAUAGACGCUUCCUUGACAAAACACAUUCAAAAGUUUAAAAGCCUAACAAAAUAACAGAAGCAGCUCAUCCGGAGGUCCUGGUUCGAGGAUGUGGAAGACCACUAUAGCACGAUGCACUCUGCCGAGCAUGUGCAACCGAAGCUCCAUCUUGGCCUGCCAUGCCUUGAGGGCUGAGGGUAGGCCUAGAUGGGCAGUUGCCACAGCUGCCACCUCUCCAUCUCCUUCUCUUCACCGGAUCUGGAAGCAGCUCCGUGGGUAUGGGACCCAGGCACCCACCCCGCUCCCCUCCACUGCUCUGGGGAACAGCCCUGGGGUGAGGCAGGUCCGUGCCCUGGAGCAGGAAAGGCAACUGGAGGUGGAGUGGGAGGACAGCAGGCAGAGCCUGUACCCGUACACAUGGCUGAGGGACAACUGUCAAUGCCCGCUGUGUACCCUACAGUCAGCCCAGGCGCGCAGCCUGCUGCUCUCCCAACUGGACAUCCACACUGGGGUCGACCGUGUCCAAGUCACUGACAACAACAAGGUGUCCAUAGUGUGGCCGGACCAGCACACCAGCGAGUUUGACCCAGAAUGGCUGAGGAAACGGUGCUUCUCUCCUGCUGCCAGACAAGCCCUACAAGAGGAGCUCUUCCUCAACAAGCGUAUGUACUGGGACUCAGAGCUACGGAUCCCCACGGCCAACUUCGAGGAGGUCCUCCACGAUGACAAGGCCGCCCUGGCCUGGCUGCUGGCUCUACGCCGCGUGGGCAUCGUCUACCUGAAGGGGGCGCCGGUGGAGCAGGGUCAGGUGGCCCGCCUCAGCCAGAGGAUCGGAUACCUAAGACUGACAUUCUAUGGGCACACAUGGCAGGUGCAGGACAAAUCCCAGGCUAACAACGUGGCCUACACCGCUGGCAAACUCAGUCUCCACACUGAUUAUCCAGCACUGCACUACCCACCUGGAGUGCAGUUCCUGCAUUGCCUGAGCCAGGCUGGCGAGGGUGGGGAGAGUGAAGCGGUGGACGGCUUCCACAUGGCAGAUCAACUGAGAAGAGAAGACCCCGAGGCUUUCAGGACCCUCACCUCCCUCCGGGUGGACUUCACCGACACAGGGUCUGACUACUGUGACUUCAUGGUGCAGUCCAAGAACCACAUCAUAGAUGUUGACAGUGAUGGGCGGGUGGUACGGAUCAACUACAACAAUGCAACCAGGGACUCUGUGCUGGACCUCCCCCUGCACCAGGUCCAGGCCUUCUACAGCUCCCUCAAGGCCUACAUCCAGCUGAUGACGCAGCCAGAAAACAUGCUCACCUACAAGAUGGAGCCUGGCGACCUGGUCACCUUUGACAACUGGCGCCUGCUCCAUGGGCGGAAGAGCUAUGUGAGCCACCCAGACCGGGUGAGACACCUGGAGGGAGCCUACCUGGACUGGGACGAAGUCAUGUCUCGCCUGCGGAUACUCUGCAAGUCUGUCAACGGAGAGAGCUAGACCCACAAAGCCCCCCAGAGCGAAGCCUCCUCCAACUAUAUAGAACAGCAUCGAUCUACAGCAGGGCUCUCCAACCCUGUUCAUGGAGAGUUACUGUACAGUCCUGUAGGUUUUCACUCCAACCCUAAUCUAGUGCACCUGAUUCUAAUAAUUAGCUGGGGUUGGAGUGAAAACCUACAGGAGGGUAUCUCCAGGAACAGGGUUGGAGAGCCCUGAUCUACAGGAUUUCUGAGCGGGGAAAAGAGGCAGAUGGCUAAUUGUCUAGUAGGCUAAAGGCUACCCCUGUGUGGGUCAAGAUGGCUGCCAGUCUUUUGAACAGAGUGACAAGUGGGCAAAGUGCAAGAAGAUGGGGAAACAUUUGAGGGAAAAGGGUUUAGCACUUCCCUAAAUGAUAAACACUCCCCUUCAUAAGUGCUAACAGAGGCAUAUAAACUGUAUAUGAGUAGCAUACCUAUGGAAAAUCUGUCAUUUACUGUAUGAAGCAGGUAGACUAUAAUGCCUUUGUUCCUAGGGUUGUGAAAGCGAAAAUAUUUUCGCUAUCUUUCACUUUGCACUAAUCUAUUUUUCUAUCGCCUGUGUUCUGCUGGUCAAUGUCUUAAGGGUGUCACAUCAACAAGAGGUGAUGAAGUUUGUGACAUUUUCUACCUCUGUCACAAUAUAAUAUUGUGUCUAGUUCAGUUACAGAUAUCUAACCUUAAGAAAAAAAAGGUGGGCCUACCUGUUUGACAGAUGAAAUUAGGCUAUAGAAUGCUAUAUCCAUAGAUGUGUCACUCAAUUCCUCUACCCACUCUUUAAAAUGACUACCUCCAUAUCACUGAAGGGCUGUUAAGUUACAAUCAAGACUCGAAUUGAGGUGGUACGAAAGGGGAUGUCAUUGGCCUACGUUUUAUUAAAGAAAAUGGCAAAAAGCACAGACCUACCUCUUGUUCGCUUAAGAUAUGGAAGAAAAUCAAACUGAUCCGAUUACAUAAAGUGAUCUAAAGCAGCGCCUUGACCUGCGAUGCUUUAUGCUAGAAACAAGCGUAAAGCAAGGUGUAAAAUACCCGGGAAAGAUGUUACUUAAUGCAUUUGGGAAUAUCAUUGUUUCAUUUCUUUGACAUUCAGAGGCUGAGAUUAAACCUAUAGCCGAGAAGACAUAAAAUAACUUUGCUUGGGAAGAAAUCGAAUUCCGUCACUAUAAAUUGAUUACGCUAUUCACUUUCUGUAGGCUAAGAUAUGUUUAAACCUAGACAGCUUGUAGGGAAACACGUUUGGAAGUACCAUGUUUAGAUUCCUAAUGGCCUCUCAGAUUUAAUUAUUUGCAAACAAGACACGGAUUUGGCAUUGGAUAAAUAUAAGACGUACUCUUGUCAAAUAUUGAUAUUUGAAAUGACGUAGAAUUUAAUGACAUUUUUAUUAAAGGCUUUUUAAAAACCUGCAAACACGAUUUUCGAUUAAUGCAAUGCUUUUACUAUAAAGGAGAUAUUUCCACCCCUAGGUUACUCUUGUCCGUGGUGGUCUGAAAACCUACAAGCUUUUGGCCCAAAGCCCAGUGCGAUAUCAAAAUUUCCGGCGUUGCCAUGUAAUGCGGUUUCUAAAACGCCAUAUCUAAGGUUCAGGGAAAAUAUAUUUUGCUUUAGGGAGGGCACAUUUUAUUUACAUUGUUUUGUCAAUGAAUAUAUCUGCCAUCCAGCAAGUAUUUUUUAUAGUUCGUUACAAUCAUAGGUGUCAAUUGUCUAUUCUAUAUUACAUAUAUAGUUCAUGCUAACAGCGCUCAUUGUAAUAAUUUGUGGUGAUGUGUUAAUUAAAAAAGGGUAUUUGCAUUAAA